AUGCAAGUAGACACACAAAAAUACUCGAUUGAUGCCACCGAGAUGCAGCUGGAGACAGAGGGUGUCUACGGCCAUCCGCUCAUGUCCGCCAGCCUGCCAUCCAACGUAAUGCCGCAGCAUUCGGUGCCUGCGCGUGUGGCGCACCAGCUUAUUAAGGACGAGCUAGCGCUCGACGGCAAUCCUAAGAUGAACUUGGCGUCCUUUGUCACCACGUACAUGGAACCUGAGGCAGAGGACUUGAUGGUUGAAGGCCUUCGCAAGAACUACAUUGACCUGGACCAAUACCCGCAGACAGCAGAGAUUCAUAACCGCUGUGUAACGAUGCUAGCCAAUUUGUACCAUGCGCCGCUAGAACCCAACCAGAAAGCCACAGGCACGGGGUGCAUUGGCUCCUCGGAGGCCAUUAUGCUCGCUGGUCUGGCUAUGAAGCGCAAGUGGAAAGACCGCCGUAUCGCUGCCGGCUUGUCCUACGACAAGCCUAACAUGGUCUUUGGCUCGAAUGUGCAAGUUUGUUGGCACAAGAUGUGCAAGUACUUUGAGAUUGAGAUUCGCGAAGCAGACGUGUCUCCGGAAUGUCUUGUACUCACGGCGCAGCGCGCGCGUCCUCUCCUCGACGAGAACACGAUCGGAGUCAGUGCAAUUUUGGGCAGUACCUUCAAUGGAGAGUACGAAGACGUCAAGUCGAUCCACGACAUGCUGGUGGCUGAGAAUGAGGCCAAUGGAUGGAACAUCCCGCUACACGUGGACGCGGCCAGUGGUGGCUUCAUAGCCCCAUUCAUCAACCCAGAGCUUGAAUGGGACUUUCGUUUGCCUAAUGUCAAGAGUAUAAACGUCAGUGGCCACAAGUUCGGACUUGUAUACGCUGGUAUGGGGUGGGCUUUAUGGCGUGAGGCAGAUGAUCUUCCUGAAGAUCUCGUGUUUCAUGUGAACUACCUGGGUGGAGAUCAGUCGUCUUUUACGCUCAACUUUUCCAAGGGUGCGGGUAAUGUGGUGGCACAAUAUUACAACUUGCUCAGAUUCGGGUUUGAUGGAUAUCGUCAUAUCAUGGAAGCUAGUAUGAAGAACGCACAGCUGCUGCGCGAAGCGCUGGUGGCUACCGGUCACUUUCGUGUGGUGGACAAGCAGCACAUGCCGCUCGUGGCGUUUGCGCUGAUUGACUCGUCGCGCUACAGUUGCUUUGACAUCCAGGAUAAGCUCAAGAGCCGCGGAUGGAUUGUUCCAGCCUAUACAUGCUCCAGCGGUGCCGAAUCGCUGACGAUCAUGCGUGUGGUUGUGAAGCAGAACUUUUCGUCGCAUAUGGCGAACAUGCUGGUUCAAGACAUUAUCAAGGCCAUCGAGGCUCUCGAGAAGCACCAUAUCUUGGUCGACACGGCAAUGUCGUCGCCCAAGGCGGAGAAGAAGAACUUUCAGGACAUUGUGCACUCCCUCCAGUCCAACAUUCAGCAUCAAAAGUCGGGCCUCACGACACACGGCGUGUGCUAG